AUGGUUCUUUUAAGGGAGAUAAUUUUCAAGGACGGUUGGCCUUUAGAUCAGUCAAUCCCCUUAAGUGCCGAAUCACUCGAUCCCUACAACUCUCCCGCUAUUGCAUUUUCACAUUACCAAUUUCAUGCUCCGAUGGACGCAGGACACAGACUACGUAGGCCGUGCAAAUAUGGUACGAGUAUUCUGAGUACCGGUCCGUUUUUACUUGGCCUUCUUACCAAUAUUCAAUUAGUACCACGAAAACAAAUUGGCGCCAUCCUACUCUCCCCACCGGACCGUUCCUCGUUCCAAGCAACGUGCAAGAAAUGUUUUUCUGGAACAACAACAAAAUUUGCUGAACGUUCCUUCUCCUGA